ACUCAAAGGUCGACUACAGCUUUUCUUCAAAACACUGAAUGAAAGCAAACCAAUGACAUUGAGUGCUCAGAUAAUAAUCAUAACAACAUACAACAAAUUAUAGACUCCACAUUUGGUUAUAUGUUUUGGAAAUAGGUAGUAUGUACAUAAGAUGUGUGCAACACAUUUGUUGCAUCAGCUGAGAUGUUCCUGGCCCUUUAUAUCAUGUGUGUGUGUGUGUGAGAGAGAGAGAGACAGAGAGAGAGAGAGAGACAGACAGAGACGGAUGGUAAAAACUAGUGAAAUAAUACAUGAGAUUUUAUUUUUAAGAAUAACCCACUACACCAGAUAUGUAAGAAUGGAUGUCAGCUUUAAGCCUUGCAAAGUAUUGCUACUUAAAUCUGUUCUGUCUUGUGUUUGGUCUCAUAAUAAAAGUUAUUCAAUGCCAACAUGUUUCCAUACAAAGUACAGGUUAUGCACAUCCAGACUCAGUGCACAUUAUGUAAGGAAUUACCAUAGUAAGUCUGGUGUAUAUGGAUUUUGUCCACGCAGCAGAAACACAUGUGCAGUUUCCUCUGAAGCAUUAGAAUCCAGGAUAAAGCAAAGUAAUUUAUAUCGAUUUGUGACAGCUUACCGCCAGCAUGGACAUAAAAAGGCAAACAUCAAUCCUAUUGCUAUUACAGAAGAAAGUGUUGUGCCCGAGAUUGAACCUGGUUAUUAUGGACUGAAUGAAAAUGACACAUUUGCAUUCAGUGGGAUUCUGUCUGCACCAGUCGCUGAGGGUACAGUGGCCAAUGCGAUCAGUUUCCUACAGAAGACUUAUAGUAACACUAUGAGUGCAGAAUUCAGUUACCUUGAGAAUUCAGAGGAAGCAGAAUGGUUUGCAGAGCAAAUGGAACAAUUAGUACACAAAGAGCUUGAUCACAGCAAAAGAAAAAAUCUGGCUAAAGAAAUGCUUAAAUCACAGGCAUUUGACAAAUUCCUAGCUACUAAGUUUGUAACAGUGAAGAGGUAUGGAGGAGAAGGUGCAGAGAGCAUGAUGGGCUUCUUCAUGGAAUUUUUCAAUACAUCAGCAAAUGCUGGUGUGGAACAGGUGAUAAUGUGUAUGCCACAUCGCGGGCGCCUCAACGUGCUUACUGGAAUGCUUCAGUUUCCUCCAGCAAAACUCUUUAGAAAGUUUAAAGGAAUAUCAGAAUUUCCAGAACAUAUUAAAGCUACUGGGGAUGUUUCAAGUCAUUUCACAUCUUCAAUUGAUCUCACCAUUAAUGGGAAAACACUUCAUGUAACAAUGCUACCAGGACCUUCUCACCUAGAGGCAGCAAAUCCAGUGUCCAUGGGAAAAACAAGGGCUCGACACCAGUCACUAAAGGAAGGAGGGUAUUCUCAAACACAUUCUGCUGCAUGGAGUAACAAAGUACUCAACUUGCAGGUGCAUGGUGAUGCAGCUUUUGCAGGCCAGGGAGUGAAUCAGGAAAUGCUGGAAUUGAGUAUGGUUCCUCACUUUGAGGUUGGAGGUUCAGUCCACCUGGUUGUUAACAAUCAAUUGGGCUUCACCACACCAGCUAACAGGGGACGGUCAUCCAGAUAUUGCACUGACCUUGCUAAGAUCAUUUCAGCUCCAGUUCUACAUGUCAAUGGAGAUUUCCCAGAGAUGGUGGUGAAAGCAACUCAUAUUGCCUGCAAAUACCAACGAAAAUUCCGCAAAGAUGUAUUUGUUGAUCUCAACUGUUAUCGUCAGUGGGGCCAUAAUGAACUUGAUGAUCCUACUUUUACAAAUCCAGUCAUUUACAAAAUCAUCAAAGCUCGAAGAACUGUUCCAGAUAUGUAUGCUGAUGUCUUAGUCAGUGAGGGUGUGAUAACUAAAGAAGAGAUGGAGAGUAUUGUGGCUGAACAUUCAGGAUGGCUUAACGAUAUCUUAAAAUCCAUAGACACAUAUAUUCCUCAGGAAACGUUUCUGAGGAAACACUGGGCAGGAAUCCAGCAGGCUGAUGCUGCCAUCACAGUCUGGGACUCUGGGGUUGAUGUGGAUCUACUCAGAUACACUGGAGAGAAAUCCGUUGCUUAUCCACAAGAUUUUAAUAUUCAUCCUCAUUUGCUGAAAACUCACAUAAGUGGGCGUCUGAAAAAAAUGUCUACUGGAACUGAAAUUGACUGGGCAACAGCUGAGGCAUUGGCUAUUGGAUCACUUCUGUACCAAGGAUAUAAUGUGCGGAUCAGUGGGCAGGAUGUUGGAAGAGGAACAUUUUCUCAUCGUCAUGUUAUGUUAGUUGAUCAGAAAACUAAUGAAAUGUACAUUCCAUUGAACAAUUUGAUUGAAACACAAACAGGAUAUUUGGAGGUUGCAAACAGUAUCUUAUCAGAAGAGGCUGUGUUAGCGUUUGAAUAUGGUAUGAGCAUUGAAAACCCAAAUAACCUCAUCAUUUGGGAAGCUCAAUUUGGUGACUUCUUCAAUGGAGCUCAAAUCCCCAUAGACACCUAUAUUACAAGUGGAGAAACAAAAUGGAUGAUGUGUAGUGGUUUGACAAUGCUGCUUCCACAUGGGUAUGAUGGAGCGGGGCCAGAGCACAGUUCAUGUCGAAUUGAACGCUUUCUUCAGCUGAGUGACUCAAAUGAAUCAAAGCCAGAUGGUGAUGAUGUCAACAUUCACAUUGCAAAUCCAACAACUCCAGCUCAGUACUUCCAUCUGCUUCGAAAACAGGUCAUGCAAAAUUACAGGAAGCCUCUUAUUCUUGUGACCCCAAAAACUCUGUUGCGGUUACCAGAAGCCACUUCAAGUCUUACAGAUAUGGGACCACAAACCACAUUUACACCAGUCAUAGGUGAUCAAAUGAAAGAUGAUGAGAAGGUUCAAAGAGUGAUAUUUGUCAGCGGGAAACACUACUACAGUCUUGUAAAACAACGCAUAGCCUUAGGUGCAAAAGAUGUUGCACUUGUGAGGUUGGAAGGACUGUCACCAUUUCCAAUACUCAGUUUGCAGCAGGAAGUAGCCAGAUAUAGAAAUGCUAAAAUAUUUAUCUGGAGUCAGGAGGAACAUCAAAACAUGGGAGCAUGGAAUUAUGUCCGACCACGCUUUGAGAACCUUCUUGGGCUAAGACUCAAGUAUGCAGGUCGAAGACCACUUGCAGCCCCUGCUGUUGGAAUUGGACAACUGAAUCAGAAGGAGGCAGAAGAAGUCAUUACUCAGCCUUUCACUAUACGAUGAAGAAGAUUGUGAACUGAAACUGCUGUAAAUCAUGCUCUAUGAAUUUAUACUGUAUCCAAUAUUUUGAUUGGUUAUGAUUUCUAAAAACAUCUUUAUUUUUUAUUUGGUUUGUCUACAACACCACUGAGUAUUCAUACCAGCAAGGAAUGACAAUUUUAUUAAAAUUUUUACUUCACAAAUAAAGUGUGUAGAAUUUACUGCUC